UCGGCGGCGAGUGCGGCUCGGCGGCCAGUUCCGCCGCCAUGCCCGUAGCGCUGUGACGCCACUGUUUGUUUAGACAUUGCCUUCUUCGAUAACCUAGGACAGAAGCCAGUUCGAUAGCAGGACUACAAGACCGGAGAGAACGAUACGGCAGUCAUAGAGGAUGGCUUCAAUCACACAGGCACAAAAGCAAGCUCUACUUGACAAUUUGCAGCUCGAGAGUAAGCCUCUACCACCACAAUGCAGACGCGCUAUCUGACGCGUCGCAGUAACCGAGCGAGCACGAAAGUUGCGAGCACAGUAUGCGUUGCAGGCGCAAGGCUUGAGGGCACGGUUGGAGAUGCGCAUCAAUCGCAUACCGCAUGCGCUGCGGAAGCGGAAUAUGCAAGAGCUGUUGGACGAGCAUGCGGAGAAGGCUAAGCCGGCAUCUCCUCCACCGAUGCUCAUCGAGGACGAUUCGCAGCGAGCAGGUGUAGCGUCCAACGGGACAGCAGUCGAGCCGAAUCGCCUCAAGCGUCAAAGUCAUUUCGUAGCCGAGGACGAAGACAAGGAGAAUGCGCCAGCGAACGCAUCACAUGACCUGGCGAACCCGAAGAAGCGCGCAAAGACGGCGACGGCCAACACAAAGGCAACGCGGACGGCAUCGCGUAAAGGUGCUCCAUCAACCGUGCUGUCUCCCAAAUCCCACAACUCGCGGACAUUGGCGCAGUCACCCGCACGAAAUAUGCCGUCACCUGUACGAACCACAAUGGUGCGACCAUUGAGUCCAGUCAAGCCAUCCAUGCAGCAUCUUGCGCCGCCGAAGCCAUCAUCUCGUACGUUGAGUCGUCAAGCUUUACGACCCCUCACUGCUAUGGAGUCGGAAGGCAGAAGUAGCGAAGUCAGCACGGCCAGCGCUGGUACCACCAUUGUCACGAAACCUGCUGCAAAGAAAGCUGCCGCCACUCGCAAGCCUGCUGUAGGCAAGACGGCCACUACUGCGAAAAAGCCUGCGGUAGCGAAGAAGGAGGCUGCCGCGCCUGCUGCGACGGGCGGAGGGAGAACGCUGCGCAAACGAGGCUGAAUAUAGAGUAUCGCAAUCGCCCAGUACCUGGAGUGCAUGUCAAAGCGAUAGAAGGGUCUCUUGUGUGUCUCGUUCUGUUUCGACAUGCGAAGUGGCAAGCUUUGGCUAAACAGCUCGUAAGCUUUUGGCUUACCAUUCGCUUCAUGUCUGUCUCAAGAGCCAUCCUCAGCCAGCACCCCGCCCCUACAACCACCCAGUAACGCAUUGAGCAUUAUGCGUGUAAGAUAAUGUUGAGAAAGCUUGGCCCGCACCACUGCGAAUUGCUGCUUAGGUGGUGUCUCCGUCGUCGUACGAUGGCUCGUGUAGACUUCUUGCUUGCACGUAGAGCCAGCCUACUCGUCUUUGCAAAGCAUUGCUCACAAAAGUUCGAGCUUCGAAGACACGGUGUUGACACUUGCUACGCCGCGAACAAGACGCGUU